AGUAAUUAGAUGUCAGAGCUAAAGCUGUGACCAUGCCUGGAGCUGUCAAGAAGAGCACUUGUCAACAUGUCACUGUUGUACAAGGAAUCUCUUGGAGAGACAUACAUACGAAAAAACUGCAAUUGACAUGUGACACGUGUGUUGCUAAAGGCCCCAACUUGUGGCUAUGUCUAGAGGGUCAGUGUAUGUAUGUGGGAUGUGGAGAAUCCGCCCAGGAUCACAGCUCCAAACAUUCUCAGGGCAAGAGACACCGCCUGACUAUCAACCUGACAACAUUGAGAAUCUGGUGCUAUGUGUGUGAGUCUGAGGUUCAUGCCAAUGCCAAUACACCACACUUUGAGAUCAAGGAUCAGAUAGAAGACACAGAAUCAUCAGAUGAGGAUGAAGAAAAGCCACGUGGGCUGACGGGACUCCAGAAUAUCGGGAACACAUGUUACAUGAAUGCAGCCCUACAAGCUCUCUCAAACUGCCCACCAUUGAGAGGCUACUUUAUGGAAUGUAGUGAAUGCAUACAUACAGACAAGAAACCAAUGUUAUCCCGUAGCUAUAUGAAGUUAAUGAUGGAUAUGUGGCAUAAGCGACGACCCAGUUACAUCACCCCAUCCACCGUAAGCUCUGGAAUAAAGAUGGUACAUCCCAUGUUCAGAGGCUAUUCUCAACAGGACACACAGGAAUUCCUUAGAUGCUUUAUGGACCAAAUUCAUGAAGAACUAAAACAGCCAAUCAGGGAGGAAGAAGAGGUAGAAACUGACCAAUCAGAGGCCAGUUGUCAUGACAACAUGAUCCAUAAGAACCAACCUGAUCGUCAGCCAUCUAUAGAUUCAACACUGAGUGGCCAAUCAGAUACAGAGUAUGAAACAUGUGACUCUGGUUUGAGUAGUGAGAGAAGUUCCACAAUGGAACAGAGCAUGUCUAGUGAUGAUGGGACAGAAAUGACUGAGCAAUUGAACAAUGAUAACUAUUUUAACACUGCCAAAAGGAAAGUUCCUAUCGGUGCUAGCAGCAGUUCAUUAACCUCCGGCGACAGCCUAGGUCCCAUAGACGCUCAUUCCCAGUCAGACAUUUAUAUACAUACACCAAAAGAUUAUAAAGAUCGAAAAAACAGAAAUGCUAAAAAUUUAGCAAUUGGAGAUAUAAAUGAAACAAAAAGACCUCUGAUUGGUCAUAGUAUAAAUGAUUCUGGUGAUUUCUCGGACACAGCAGCUAAUCUUGAAUCACCUAGUCACCGGGUGAAUGUCCCAACAAGGUCAAGGUCACGCCGAUCAUCAGAAAAUGAACGACCUCAACCUAUUCCACAUCCCUCUCCUGUAACAUUAUCAGGUCCCAAAAAGAGGGCACCCGUGCAAUAUCGAAGUAUUAUAUCGGACAUAUUUGAUGGCAAGAUCUUGAGCUCUGUUCAGUGUCUUACAUGUGAGAGGGUAUCCAGUACAAAGGAGACAUUUCAAGACUUGUCACUACCCAUUCCCAGUAAGGAUCAACUGCAUAUGAUCUACACACAAGCUGCAACUCAUGGUUCUAUGCCCAAAGUAGGCUCAUGUGGGGAAGUGAAUUUAAAUCAGGGCUGGAUGUCUUGGAUGUUUGGCUGGUUGUCAAGUUGGUUCAUGGGUCCUACUAUUACCCUUCAGGACUGUCUUGCAGCUUUCUUUUCUGCUGAUGAACUGAAGGGAGAUAACAUGUACAGCUGCGAGAAAUGUAAAAAACUGCGUAAUGGGAUGAAGUAUUCCAAAGUGCUAGAGUUACCAGAGAUCCUAUGCAUCCACAUGAAGAGAUUUAGACACGAAUUCAUGUAUUCCUCCAAAAUAAACAGUUAUGUUUCAUUCCCACUGGAAGGCCUGGAUAUGGGACCAUAUCUGCAUAGAGAUUGUACAUCUGAGGUUCAGAAGUAUGACCUUGUUGGUGUGAUAGUGCACCAUGGUACGGCAGGGGGUGGUCACUAUACGGCGUACGCUCUAAACUCUAUCAAUGGACAAUGGUACGAGUUUGAUGACCAGUAUGUGACUGAGGUGGAUGCUCACACCGUGGAGACAUGUGAGGCUUACGUAUUAUUCUACAGGAAGACUAAUGUUGAGAUGAUGUCACUACGAAACAAAGUGGAAGAGAUGGUUGCCUCACAAGAGACAAGUCUCAUGCAGUUUUACAUCUCCAAGCAAUGGAUGAACAGAUUUAAGAUGUUUGCUGAGCCAGGCCCUAUAUCAAACUCAGACUUCUUGUGCCAGCAUGGGGGCAUCCCUCCACAUAUACGCAUGGAUAAUGUGGAGGGCCUCACUAUUAAAGUCUCUCAAGAGGUUUGGGAGUUUUUACAUGAAAGGUUUGGUGGGGGCCCAUCUGUGAACCGUGUAUUCCAAUGUACAACAUGCCUUGACAUCAAAGAAAAACUGGAGAAUAGACAGAAACAUGAAAUGGAAACUUUUGUAAAGUUAAACAAAGAGUUCCAGGAAGAAGAUGAUAAUGAUGCUAUAUAUGUCAUCAGUAUGGUUUGGUUCAGAGAGUGGGAGAACUUUGUCAGAGGCAAGCAUGAUGAUGCUCCUGGCCCAAUAGACAACACAAGAAUACAAGUGAUGAAAUCGGGUGUUCCAACUAUUCGACAAGGCUCAGACUAUGGCCAGUUAUCUCGGGAAAUGUGGGACUUCCUGUUUGGAAUCUAUGGGGGUGGGCCCCUACUCCCAUUAAAGCAGAAAAAGUCACCAAUCCAGGGCAACCAGGAGAGCCGACAAGGAAGUCAAGAUGGUCGUCAAGCCAACCAAGAUGGUCGCCAAGGAAACCAAGAUGGUUCAAAUAUUAAUCGAGACAGCCAACAAAGUCAGAAUGCUAGUAUAUGUACUGAUACUGUUAGUGAAAGAACAUCAGAAAGAGUGUAGUAUUUUGUACUAUUA